UGCGUCUGUCAAUACGCGGCUUUCAUCCUUAGGGGAAAGGGCUGUUGAAAUCCCCUCUAUGAUUUUCGAUUAUUUUGUCAUUUCAAUUAAUUACAGUAGGUGGAAGUGAUUAAUCAUCAUGACUCAUUCAAUUUUAUUAGGCACAAUGGAUUUCGAAGGAGGAGAGUACAGCUACAGAUGCCACAGUCGAUCCAGACCAGUCCAGAUUCAGCCAAACAACUUGGAUGGUCAAGGACAAGACAACUCAGGGUCAAUGACACAUUCUCAACAUUAAGGACCAGACAUGGACAUCUGUGAUUGGCCAAUCUAUGGACCAGAUGAAGCUGAAGACACCAUUGAAGAAAAACACCAGAUUCAGCAUAACAUGGAUAAUCAGGUUGUAUAUUUAGACCACAAUUAUUCAAAACAUCGAUUUGAAAUUAUAGUGCUAAAGCCAGAGGUCCUGAUUGAAGAAGAAGAACACCAACAACAGGAAGGAAUAGUGAAAGGAGAGGAGAUCCAGCAAGAAAAUGAUACAGGCAUACAGAUUGAAAGCAUCUAUUCUCUCUCAACAGAUAGACUGAACUGUGACCCCUUUAUACCUGAACACUUGAAAGUUGAAAAUGAAGAAGAAUCUUAUGAAACAAACUCUGAAACAUUAGUGGAUAUUGAAGACAUAGUGAUUCUGAUACAUUAUUUACACAUUGCGAAAGUAUAAGCUUACCACCAGGAGUAUGUAUAUCAAACUCUGUUGGACAAGGAGGUUCAAGCUCCAUCAAUAGAUCAGUUGAUGAAACUCUUGAGAACACUUUGAUCAACGAUUCUGAUGAAGACCUCAAUGAGGUGGACUUAUUAAUAAAAAAUGCAAGAAAGAAUGUGAUUGAUGCAGAAAGUGAUAGUGACUUAACUGAAUGUCAUUUGUGUGGUGGAGAAUUCAGCAACAUCAGAGAAUUAAAUCUUCAUUGUAGAAUACACACAGCUGGGAAACAACAUAAGUACUGUAACUACAAAACAAUAAAAAAAUCAAAUCUCACCCAACAUUCAAGGAUUCACACUGGAAAGAGACCCUACAGCUGUGAUUUCUAUACCUACAAAGCUAAUCAGAAAUCUGAUCUCACCAAACAUAUAAGGAUUCACACUGGUGAAAAACCCUAUACCUGUGAUUUUUGUGGCUACAAGGCAACAAAGAAAUCAGCUAUCACCCAACAUCUAAUGAUUCACACUGGAGAGAGACCAUUCAGCUGUGAUUUCUGUGACUACAAAGCUAAUCAGAAAUCUGAUCUCACCAAACAUAUAAAAACUCACACUGGAGAGACACCAUUCAGCUGUGAUUUCUGUGAUUACAAAACAAUAAAAAAAUCAAAUCUCACCCAACAUUUAAGGAUUCACACUGGAGAGAGACCCUACAGCUGUGGUUUCUGUGACUAUAAAGCAACAGUAAAAUCAAAUCUCACCCAACAUUUAAGGAUUCACACUGGAGAUAGACCCUUCAGCUGUGAUUUUUGUGACUACAAAGCAACAGAGAAAUCAUCUCUCACCAAACAUAUAAGGAUUCACACCGGUGAAAAACCCUAUACCUGUGAUUUUUGUGACUACAAGGCAACAAACAAAUCAGCUAUCACCCAACAUUGGAGGAUUCACACUGAUGAAAGACCCUACAGCUGUGAUCUCUGUGAUUAUAAAUCAAUACAAAAAUCAAAUCUCACCCAACAUAUAAGGACUCACACUGGAGAGAGACCCUUCAGAUGUAAUUUCUGUGACUACAAAUCAACACACAAAUCAGCUCUCAACAGACAUCUGAGGACGCACACUAAAGAAAGAUCCUAGAGCUGUGAUUUCUAUGACUACAAAACAAAUCUAAAAAACAUUUAAGGAAACACAUUUGCAAAAAACUUUGAAAUUCAAUUUUUCCAUACAAAAUCUCUUACAAUCCAAAACAACAUUCAAAUACUCAAAAUAUUUAACUGAUUUCUGAGGCCCCAUAACUCUUACAACAGCUCAACUCUCAAAACUCUGAACCAUUCAUUAACAUAGAAAAUAUAU